UUAGUGUAGAACCAACACACCCUAAAGCUGUCUUCUCAGCUUACUAAACGAGUAGUGCAGCUUUCCUACUCACUGCUUUCUUUCUCUGUGCCAUGGAUGGGUAAUGGAAAUGAUAGCAAGAAAUUCAGAGGAGACCGGUCUCCAUGCUCCCCUUCUCGUGUUCUUCAUGUUCGCAAAAUUCCAGUUGAUGUCAGUGAACCAGAGGUCAUCUCAUUAGGCCUCCCUUUUGGCAAAGUAACUAACCUCUUGAUGCUCAAAGGCAAAAGUCAGGCUUUCAUAGAAAUGGCUUCAGAAGAAGCUGCUGUUACUAUGGUGAACUACUAUACUGCUGUCACUCCACAUCUUCGCAAUCAACCUGUCUACAUUCAGUAUUCUAAUCACAGAGAGCUCAAGACAGACAACCUUCCAAACCAGGCUAGAGCCCAUGCUGCAUUGCAGGCAGUGAAUUCUGUACAUCCAAGUGGACUGGCACUGAGUGAAGCAGCAGUUUUGUCUGGCCAGAGUCCCGUUCUCCGUAUCAUUGUAGAAAAUCUUUUCUACCCUGUCACUUUAGAAGUUUUGCAUCAGAUUUUCUCAAAAUUUGGAACUGUCCUGAAAAUAAUCACUUUUACAAAGAAUAAUCAGUUUCAGGCUUUGCUUCAGUAUGCUGAUCCCAUGAAUGCACACCAUGCUAAGCUGGCCCUAGAUGGACAGAAUAUCUAUAAUGCAUGUUGCACACUACGCAUUGAAUUUUCAAAACUUACAAGCCUUAAUGUUAAGUACAACAAUGACAAAAGUAGGGACUUCACUCGCCUUGAUCUUCCUUCUGGUGAUGGCCAGCCAGCCCUUGACCACAGCAUGGCUGCUGCUUUUGGUGCACCAGGUAUCAUUUCAUCUCCAUAUGCAGGGGCAGCUGGAUUUGCCCCAACCAUUGGCUUCCCUCAAGCUGCAGGACUUCCUUGUCCUGGUGUUCCUGGAGCCCUUGGCCAUCUUGCUAUUCCUACGUCUGCUGUUGGCCGAAUGGCAAUGCCUUGUGUAUCCCAUGGUCCUGGAAAUUCUGUUCUGCUUGUCAGUAAUCUGAAUUCGGAUGCCAUCACACCUCAUGGGCUUUUCAUCCUGUUUGCAAUGAAUCAUCUAAAUGGCCAGAGACUUUAUGGAAAAGUCAUGCGUGUAGCUCUGUCAAGACAUCAGACUGUUCAGCUUCCCCGAGAAGGACAAGAAGAUCAAGGUUUGACAAAGGAUUAUACCAUUAGCCCUCUCCAUCGUUUUAAGAAGCCUGGCUCUAAGAACUUCCAGAACAUCUUCCCGCCAUCUGCAACCCUUCACCUGUCCAAUAUUCCACCUUCAGUUGCUGAAGAUAACUUAAAGAGUCUCUUUUCCAGCAUUGGAUGCACAGUGAAAGCCUUCAAAUUCUUCCAGAAAGAUCGUAAGAUGGCACUCAUCCAGCUAGGCUGUGUGGAAGAAGCAAUCCAAGCCCUGAUUGAGCUUCACAAUCAUGACCUUGGAGAAAACCACCACCUCAGAGUCUCUUUCUCCAAAUCUACAAUCUAACUUCAUGUCAACUUUUAAGGCUGGACCACAAUUUCACAAAAAUCUUUAGAAAGUAAAACAGCUUUGAUUAAUUCUGCCUUUUAGAAAUAUGCAGAUUCCAAUGCACAACAUGAACAUUGGGAUUAUAUUUUAUUGGGGGUGGGAUAAUUUUUGACCAUAUUCCAGUCUCUUUUUUUUUGACAUUCCCUUACUAAGAGCACACCUUUAGUGAUUUACUGUAGUUUUCAUUGUGUGAAGACUGAGCGAAACUACCAUAACUAAAGUUUAUUUUGAAGUGAUUGCAUCCUUUAAAUUUUCUGUUUGUAAAUCAUCCUUACACAACAUUGUUCUAAGUAAUGAACACUGACGAGCAGUAGUGAUGAAGGUUCUGUAAUUAUCACCAUCAUGGAACACUUGAAGCAGACUACUAGAAGAGUAUUCGGAAACAACACAAUUAACUUUUUUUGCAGGGGGUGGGUUGCUUUGUAGCAACAAAAUCUGUGUUGCAAUAAAAACUUUUUGGUGUAAAGCUCUUAGUGUUUACUACACUGAUGCUUCGAGGCAGGUCAUUAUGUGGCACUAUAACUUUAACUUUGUCACAGCUAUAUCCAAAGCUAUUAAACUGUCACAAUGGUCUUUAACUAUGUUGUGUAGCUGUAGUUUAAGCUAACACUCUUCUGCACCUACAAUAACACAUCUGUUUUAAACAUUUUACUGAAGACAAAAUUGAACGUCAUCAUUCUUGUUAAAACCAUUCAAGUGAAAUGGAGUAUAGCAGAACAGCAGUUAAAUUUUCAUCGUAAGUUAUAAAGUGGCUGUAAAAUUCAGAAUUAUGGGUGCUUUUAGAUAUUUGUUGAGGCUUUAGCAUUUUAAUACAAAUUUCUCAUUAUGAAGCAUGUUGUGUAAGUGGUGAUUUAAAGUAGAUUGAAAGGAAUGCAGUCCCAUUUCAAUUUGUAUGUUUCAUCUGUUGAAGGAAUUCUUUUCUAAUAUGUGUUUGUAGUCUUAAAAAAAUAUUCAGGUCUAUAUCUUAAAGGUUUGAUGGAAUUUUUAAAAAGUUGCUUAUUUUUGGUAAUGUAUACUUUUUUAAAAGAGCAAAUCUUAAACCUCAAGGGGUCAGUGUACCACUAUAAUCUGUUUUCAUGAAAGUCAUAUUUACUAUGUAUUUACUUAAUUUCUUAUGUGCCUUAUUAUAUACUUAUAAUCAAAUGAUAGACUAGAGGUUUUAUGUAAGAUGUUUCAUGUCCUUUAUUGUGGGGUUGGUGAAACUUUUUUUCCUGUUGUAUACGGUUUUAAAUGUUUUCAUGUGUAUUUCUUUUAAUUAGUUUCAAUGGAGAAUUGAAGCUGCAUUUUUGGGGCCCUGAGAAGAUGGUCAGCAAUGCUGGUGUCCAUACAGGCCUCUUCCAACAGUGGCAGAGACUGUUUUAGGAAUUUAUACUUCUGAUGUGCAGUGUAGUGUCUUCGUUGCUGCAUUUCAGUUGUGGUGAGAAUUAAAUUUUGGCUAGCUGGCUUAAGUCACCUAUUUUGAGAGAGCAUGUCUGGUUGCAGUGCUGUACCCUAUCAUUCCAUAAUAUUCUGUAUUUAUACUUUUAAGUAUUCUGAUCUUAGUUGGGUAGGAGAGUAAGGUAUGUAUAGAAGGUUUAAUUUGUUUACUGCCCCCAUCUGUGAACAAGGAUACUUUGGUUUGACACUGGUAAUUCAUUGUUUGCUGGUAUAUCAAAGCCAGACCAUUGAUAUGACCACUGUCAGGUUGUCCGAGAGAUAGAAAAAAUAGCUCCUAAAGUUAGGCCAGAUUUGCUUCUUCUGAUCUACUUUUCCAAUUUUAGCAGUUAACAGCAUGACUUGGUCAUUGUCAUUGCUAAUACUUGCCCUUUCAGUAAUUUUUUUCUCCUGGGCAAAAAUGUUUAUUAUUUUGAGAUCCUGCAGUGGUGCUACUCCAUCAGCAUUUCCUAGAUGUAUUGUAUUCUGAUAAGUAAUGUUUUAUUUCAUAUCAGAACUGUGUACAGUAGACAUCUGUAUCUUGCGUGGAGCUUGGAGGAAAUAGAUUACUGCCCCUGCCUUACUGAUCCUUUUGCAUUUGCGGGAAUUGCAAUGAUCUGAACUUCUUUAGAGUUGGCUUAUCUUCCCCAUGUCCUUUUUACUGUAACUUUGCACAAAGCUGAUUAAGUACAGAGAAUCUGAAUUUGACUGCAUCUGGUUAGUCUUAUAUUGUAUUGGUUACCAAACAUCUGCAGAUAUAGAAUAUGUGCAUUUUUUCCUUUAUAAUUCCUGAAUUAGUCAUACUUGCAGGCUUGUGAUAUUUAAAUUAAAGCAGGUAGUUUUUGGCUCUCAGUAUGCAUUGAAACAUGAUCUCUUCACUUUUUUGCUGCAGUGAUGCAUUCAGAAUUCUGUAGGUGCUGAUGAUUUUGAGGAAAGGGAUGUUGAAAAUGCUGAUAAGUAUAUACAUAUCUGAGGAAGAGCAAAACUGUAGGAUUAUGCAGUUUAACAAUGUUAAGGAUUAGGGUAUGUGUUUUUUUAGAUUAUUCUUGAGUAUGUUAAACACUUCAAGAAGAGUGAAAAAUGAAAUCUUAGUCUUCAUUGUAGUAUGUGAACACCAGAGUCAUUAAAAGUGACUUUUUCUCACUGAUGGGAUGUAUAGCUCUCAUGAUUAUUUGACAUUGGGCCCUGUUUUGUUGAGGCCUACAGUCUGUUGCCCCAAGAAUCAGUCAUUGCUGAAAUUUCCCAUUUGUGUGUUUUGGGUUUGUAAGACAUUAAGCAGCAUCUUUCCUGUAUAAAUCUUAUAAUAUUUUUGGGACUUUUCUGUAGUGUGAAUUAUUCCUAAUGAUUUUUUAAGAGAUUGUGUAUUUUAAGACUGUCACAUUUUGGAAAAUUCUUGGCUCUGCUUACAGUGCACUCACUUGUAAAAGUCUCUUUCGCAAAAUGGUAUGUCAUUAAGGGCCAUUGACUGCACUUGGAGCCAGUUUCUGUUUGCCUUUAUCUUUGUCUAAUGUCAAUAGGAAUAAACUGCCAGACUGAGAAUGUUCUUACUGUUGCGCAGACUGAAACAGAUAUUUCAGGUCGCACAGGUUUUAGCAAAUUUCAGCUCAAGCUUUUUUUUUUUUUUCCUGACUCUACUGUAUACAAGACUGUUUCUCAAUCUUGUCUGAGAGAAUUCUUAAAAGCAUCUUUAAAAAAAUAUUUCAAAAAAGUUAUUUAUGAAUAAAGUUAUUUACAGGGUUUCCAAGUGAAAACCAAAACCGGACCAAAGUUUAUGUGCCUUCAGUAGUCUUAAUUGUAAGUUAUUUUCUGUUUGCCUUGAUCUGGCGUGCAGCUGCUGACUUUCAAUUUACUUCCGUUUGACCCCAGCCCAUUGAAGAUGCUUACAUGCUCAUAUUUUAAUUAUUAUUAGCUUAACUUCAGUUGUCCCUUUACCUUCACCUGUCUAAUAUUCAGUACUGUAGUGCUCAGAGUCAAAUAACAAGUUAGCCCUAACAUCUGCUCAUACAUUUAAUUAAUUUUCGUGAUUAACAAGGGUUAUUUAAAAUGUUUUGAAGAAGUGUGCUUUUUGUGCUUCUAAUUUAAAGAGGUUGACUAUUAUCACUUCUGAUGUAUUGAUAUGACAGUGAGCUGAUAAAUGUUGACAUUUGGAGAUUGCAUUUAGAAUUUGUGUUGAAUUUCCUCUUUAUUCUUUGGAUUAAACAGUCAUGGCUGUAGUAAGUCAUCUCUGAAGGUUAGUAACUAGGUUGGGAAAUGGGGAGUAAGGUUUACUAGGUGCUUGCUGUCCAUAAUCCAGGAAAAUUACUGGCUUUACCCCUGUUAGCAGUUACAGCCAACUCUAACUUAUCAUCCAUUUUACUUUGUUCAAGCUGUCCUUGCCACUUAGUACUUGUAGCCAUUACUGGUUUUCUAAAACAUGACAACUGCUGCUUCAGUAAACUCUUAUUUCAUUAGAUAUGUAAAGACCUUUCAAUAUUGCAUUCAUUAUAAGCUUGUGGCAGCAAUGCAUAAUAUAAAAUUUCAUUUCCACAAAGUCUUUGUUUAUGGGCUUUACAUGUAAUUUGAUUUUUUUUUUUCAGGAAGGAGCACACUUUGAUGUACAGUCCCGUUGAUUUAUUUUGGGACUUUAUUUUAAUGUGAAUUAGUUACCAGGUGAAACAAAAGUUUAAUCAGCCUUUUUACAGUGCUGUAUAAUGGCUGUGGGACAUUUUAUAUUGCUUUACUUGGUCUUGUCUUGAAGUUCCCUGUUUUUCAGUUGUAAGAAUAUUCAUUUUAGUUCAUACAAAUGCUGUAAAUAUUUAUAACAACAUUUUUUACCUGGCAAAAGGUUAUUGGGAACAGAGAAAAGUAUAACUGUUUUUUUAAUAAAACAUCAAUUGUCUUGUAUAUUUUGAUAAGCAACAGUACCAGCUUUCAUUUGUAAAGCAGUUUGUGACAUAGCAAGAGAAAAAGGAUUCCAUUUCUGUUGAGAUAAAAUGUUAUAAGAAGAAAAAUAUUAAAGAAGCAUAUUUUCUAAA